AUGUCUCGUUUCAGUUUUACUGCACUUUUAGUCACUGUGCUUCUUGCACUGACUACAUUCAACUAUGUCUCUGCCGCUGUUGGUCCUCUUAUCACUGAUAAAGUUUACUUUGAUAUCAAGCAAGGUGAUGAGGAUCUUGGUCGUAUUGUCAUGGGUUUAUACGGUAAGACUGUGCCCAAGACCGCCGAAAACUUCAAGCUUUUGGCUACUGGUGAGAAGGGUUAUGGCUAUAAGGGCUCCAGCUUCCAUCGUGUUAUCAAGAACUUUAUGAUUCAAGGUGGUGAUUUUACUAACGGUGAUGGUACUGGUGGAAAGUCCAUCUAUGGUGCCAAGUUUGCUGAUGAAAACUUCAAGCUGAGACAUACUGGUCCUGGUGUCCUUUCUAUGGCUAAUGCUGGUCCUGACUCUAACGGCUCUCAAUUCUUCAUCACCACUGUCAAGACUAGCUGGUUGGAUGGUAAGCACGUUGUUUUCGGUAAGGUGCUUGAGGGUAUGGACAUUGUUACCAAGAUUGAAAACUGCGAAAAGGGUUACAGAGACAAGCCCAAGGUUGAUAUUGUCAUUGCUGACUCUGGUGCUUUGCCUGUUGAUGUUGUUGAGCAUGCUGAAUUAUAG